GACGUAGCUAUCUUUCUGAAUCAUUGUUUGACACUAUAGAUAGAUGCGCAAUAUCUCCUUCUUGAUCAAAGAGUGAUGGUUGCUGUUGUUGAUAGCUAGAGAUGGACAUGUGGCGUCCAAUCGCUACAACGGCUGACAUUGCCCACCACCUGCGCAAACCUACAAGGCUGACCUUCACCCAUAGUCAUGCAAGACGACCGAACACUCACAUUUCGGCAGAUCCACGGAAACAGAGAAGCGCUCCUCAACGCAGUCAAAAACAUCGAGCGCAUCGCACUUGUCGAAAGCUACGGAAUAGGACCACUCCGUCUUCGAUUCCUAGAGCCUUAUCCGCAAGGUGGAUCGGAAUCUGAUUACAUCCUCACACCCGCUCGCGAAAUUCGAUUAGCCGACCUGAACAGUUACCCCUACAUUACGGUGUCUUACGUGUGGACUCACUCACAGCCUAUUCACGGAAUAAAACUCCCAGAAUACCGUGUAUGGGAUGGCGCCGACUUGCAAAAACCUGCUAGGCUACUCAGGUGCCCACAAAUCGUCUUUCAUCGCGUCGUACAAUAUGCAAAAUCUGAAAAGCUCGAGCGUAUCUGGAUAGAUCAAGAAUGCAUCGAUCAAGACGAUUCGAACGACGUGGAGGAAAAUUUGCAAGACAUGCAUCGGAUAUACCGCUUCAGUCGAAUAACCGUAGCUGUUCUGUCCAAAGUUUCAGAUAGUUGGAUGUAUUUGCCAAGUCGCUUGAGUUCGCUGAAAGAUUUGUCGCAAACUGUCGCUGAAGUGCAAACUACCAAAGGGAUGGUGCGGUCGAUGGUUGAUGACCCAUGGUUCACUCGAUCCUGGACGUUCCAUGAACAACACUGCGCUGCAAACAUCGUAUAUCUUUUGCCUACACCGGUAUUGCAUCAUUUUAGGUUGAGUUCACUCGAGGGCUUCGUGGAGGAUUCAGUCCCAACGCUUGAGAAAGAUGUUGUUGUAUACCGAUUUGAGCUGAGCUCACAUUUCUACCUAUGCCAACAGAUGAGCAUAGAUAACUCGGCACUCAAGUCGUACUUCUUGGGACAUGGUCACGCGGGGUUGGUAUCCGCAAAUAUUCCCGGCGCUAUCGAGACUGUACAAGUGAAGAUGGAGAGCCGUGAGAACCAAGUUUGCUCUGAUCGUAUCCAGAUCAUAGCAAAUGUAUGUGGGCUGGGGUGGAAGCUGAAAACGACAUUGCUCAACAAUUCAACGCAGAGCUACAGCACGUGCUUGUUGGUACUCACAAUGGCAAACACGUGGCCAGACCCCGCUGAGCGCGCGAUUCGAUAUGAAAGAUUGGGAGAUGCUUUCAUGGAUGGAGACAUUCGGAUCGUAUUGGAAGGGUUGAAUGAUGCGCAGUGGAGCGAUGAUUGGGGUCUGCCUCCAAUUGGUUUUCACCCAGACGCCAUCCCAUCCUAUGAGCAUUCGUAGUUCUUGUACCAAGAGCCGUAAACGGAAUCAUCUCCAUGGAGUAAACUCGUGUAUUCCGAAUGAGCACGUACGAUAAGCCUUGAUAGAAUCGCCUACUGCUCUGAUAGCGCGAUCAAACGCCCCAAAAAAUGUGAAAGGUUGGCAUAUGGACACUGUAACAUCACAUAUGAACUGCACCUUAUGCCUCCAGUUACAUCCACCGUGUAUCGUUCCACGUGAGAAAACACCAUCCGUCGAGAACGCUCCAAUACUCCUGGAAAUCAACAAAUCAAGACUUCUUUCCAAUUACUCCAGCUAGCGCGCCUUCGGCGGCUUUCUUCAGCAGCUCCCGAUCUUCGUCGCUCAUGUGAUCCACCUUCUCGACAAGCAACUUCUUCAAAAACAUGUUCUCCUUCUUCAGC